GACUCCCUUCUAACCACGUGUGCUGCCCAUGUUGAUCAGGAUGACUCUCCCCUCGGCCUUCUUGCCAAUCUUGCUCCUGGGACUGCUUUCGCCUUGGGUGGUGCGCUGCGUUCCUUUCUCUGCCCAGCACAACGACACCCUGGAGUGGCGCUGGGAGACUCUCUUCUCUCGCUCCAUGGCCAGGCUCCCGGGGGAGAGGAAAGAGAUCAGCCGGGACAGUGACUAUCUGCUGGGCAUCAAGAGGCUGCGACGUCUCUACUGUAACGUAGGCAUCGGGUUUCACAUCCAAGUCUUGCCAGACGGCAGAAUCAACGGGAUUCACAACGAAAAUCGAUACAGUCUGCUUGAAAUUUCUCCAGUGGAAAGAGGAGUGGUGAGCCUAUUUGGUGUUAAAAGUGGACUCUUCGUAGCCAUGAAUAGCAAAGGCAAGCUCUAUGGAUCUACCCAUUUUAAUGAUGAGUGCAAAUUCAAAGAGAUUCUUCUGCCGAACAACUACAAUGCUUACGAGUCCAGGAUUUACCCUGGCAUGUACAUAGCUCUGAGCAAAAAUGGAAGAACAAAGAAAGGCAACAAAGUGUCUCCCACAAUGACAGUGACACAUUUUCUUCCUAGAAUCUGAGCCAUCUUCCUUUAGACCUAC